GUGACUCAGGCCGAUUUGUUGAUGGCCACUAAUAUUCCUGCACACGCACGCGUGCACUGUGCGGCGCGCGCCCCCCGCGUGCACCCGCCCACGGCGGACAUCAGAGCGCGCACGACGGGGAGCGACAAGAGGAAGACGCGGCCGGCAGACCCACUGGCACCGUAACCCAGGAAAUGCUUUAUCCUAAGUGUCCUCGCCCGUGGACGCGCUUCCCUCCUCCACGCGGAUGUUGAAGCAGAGCUGAUCCGAUUUUAUGGCCGCCAUCAGCACGUCCGACCAGAGGAGAUGAGCGGCCAACAGCGGCCGUCGGUGCUCGCUUUAGCAGCACUGCUCUUCUGCACAGCCCAGCACAGGACUCAUGGCAGCGGAUCAGCAUCAGCGUCGUCAUUGGAGGUGACAGGCGGGGAGGAUUCUGGGAUGCAACGCAGGCGGCUCAACCAUGACAACAGCAGUCAGGAAAGCAGGCCGUGGCAGAAAUCGUCGAGCCGCGGCGACGCUUCGGCCGCGGCGUCGGUCAAGUGGAGCCCGGCGAGCGGGGGGUCAUCAGCGCUGUGUGCCUACCAAGUCACGGAAGGGGGCAUCGGGGGGCCGCUCUGCUUUCGACACAUGUCGGUUGGGUUUAAGUGUCACAAGGGAGACUGCACAUCAGCCAUGUCUUCGGGGAGCCUGGUUGCGAAUAUUCUCGUCAAUGGCAGCGUGCUACUACAGUGGGGUCGAGGGGGAGAGACAAACUCGUCGACAAACUCGUCGACAGGGGAAAAUGCAAACAGUGUUUUUGGCGGCCGGCGCCACAGACCCGGAGGCUACGAGUUGAGCUGCCGGUGGAACGGCAGCUACACUCAGUUCGAGUGCGCCGGGGUCCGUCUCGGUUCCGGGUGCAGGGACUUCCUGUUGAGCGGGCUGCACGAGAACAUCCCUUACCGCAUCUGCCUGCGCUCCACGGUCCAGAGAGCAGACCACAGGGACUGCGUGGAGUUCACCCUGCCGCCGUCCGGGAUGCAGGAUAUCGUGAUCGCCAUGACGACAGUCGGGGGUGCCAUUUGCGUAAUGUUGGUCAUCAUCUGCUUACUGGUGGCGUACAUCACGGAAAACAUCAUGAGCCCCGCAACGCAGCACACAUACUCUUACCGCACUCACUCACGCCACUGAGGUUCCCGGCCUAACCUUUGCACUGAUGAGCGAACGCUUUAAGCAUCCACCGUGACUGCAUCUGACGUGACCUUCUCUCAACUGUUGUCCACGUAGCAACACCAGUGUGUGCUGCUAUGCUACUGAAGCACAAGAGUGACUCUGACACAAAUAAACCUUUCAACGUCUCCAAACAAGUGCUAAACCAAAUUUCCUGAUACUGUACAAUGUAAUCUCCAAAGUGGAUUCAGUCCAAUUUGAUUCCAAUUUGUUGUCAUUUUAAAAACAAUGUAAUCCUGAGGUAAUGCUUUAGGUCAGCAAUCGCCGACAUUUUUUUGCGCCACGGAUGGGUUACAUAUAAAGACAUACAGUAUAUUGACGGACCUUACGGAUAAAAUAUACAAUUCACGUUACGCCAUUACGCUGAAUGUAACUAUCGGGCGCCGUUCCCAUCUCGGGGUAAUCUUUUGUCUUUUAAAAAAAACUCCCAAAGCUUGUCUUUCUUGCUUGGGUUCCUUGCGCCUAAGCAGUUUUGAUAGCUUCAUUGCCUCAUUUGUGAGCCUGUCGUGACAUAUUUACUCAUUUUUGUUAGCUUUUGUGCUUCCUUUUCCCCCCCUGUAUCACGUGACCCGUUCUCACAGAGGCACAGGUGGAUGCACCUAAUUUUCAAACAGACUCUGAUGAUCAAUAAAAUAUAUAUAUUUUUUUGUUCAAUUGCGCAUCCCAGUAUUGGUCCGUGUAGCGGUGGUUGGGGACCCCUGCUUUAGGUCGGUGUUUCGCAAACUUUAAUUGAGCCAAGGCACCCAUUUUACGUUGGAAAAAUCUCACAGCACAAUACCAAACAAAAGCACAAAAGUCCCAAAAUGUCUAAAUACGAAAAUAAUGAUGAUAUUGUCUCAAUUUACCAACAAAUUUGCUUACUUAGCAUGACAUCUGAGCCGUUUUAAUCGAAUAGAGCUAAGAUACUCACAGGAAGAUUCUGUUUUAAGAACAGGUGGAUACACGGGUUUAUUGUACUUUCUGCCAUCGAAUGAAAGAGCAUAUAAUUGUUCCUCCUGUCACUAUAUAUUGCUGGUAAAGACAGAUAAAGAUAUAUUUGUAAUCAAUAAUUGUCUGAUAAAUGAAUUGAAACGGUAUAAUUCCUCAUGGUUGGGAAUCGCUGCUUUAGGUGACAUUUCAACCAGGAAAGAGAUUCAUGUCCAGAAUAACUGACCGAAUGGCUAAUUUGCAUAAUACACUCUCCGGGAUACGCUCCCUUCUUCUUUUAUUAUUUUUGUACUGAGCAGCCACAACAUACAGACGAUAUCGUAUUACCGUGUUGCAUAUCCAUCUCUGGUUCUAUAGUCGACAUCAUACUUCACCUCGUUGCCAUCACUGGUACCCUUUGUUGUGAUAAAAAUACAAAAGGGCCAAAGAAAACCCAAAAUAGUCUUGUGGAAUUCAUCUUGAAGUCUUAUGAAUGACUUUAGAGGCAUUUUGUCCCAAAAAUGUAAGUAGAAUUCCAUAUUUUUACAACCUGAGGGCAUUCCACUUUGGACGUUCCACUGCACUGUACACUGAGUACAUGGCGAUCAACUCAACUGUUACGUUUAAGGUUUUGUCAGUGAUUAAUAGUUAAUCUGUAUACCGGCAGCAAUAUACAGCAAUAUAAUUAAUGAAAUGCUUCAAAUGUGUCCCAUCAGCUGAUGUUUUGUUCAACUUGCGCCGCACAUAAGUGUCCAGAUAACUUGUGUCCUUUCUGUAACAAAAACAAAACAAAAAAAACACACACAAAAAAAAGAUACUGGAGGGAAUUAUGUGUGCCCAUUAGACUAAUUUUGUGGCAUAGGUCUCCAUAUGUACACAUUUGUAUACCAUUUGAUAAAGGGCAAUACAACCUCUAAAUACUGUACCAAACUACAUUACCCACUUGUGUCCUGCUGUCAGCCAGUAAAGUA